AUGGGAAACGACAUAGCGCGUGGCGCGUAUAAUGAAAAGCCAGAUUUCCCUCCAAAUAAUAGUUAUGGUGAAAUGAUGGCAGGAGCUGAAGCAAGAGCAGUGUGGCAAAGAACAGUUAACCGUUGCUUCGUCCAAGAAGACGCUAAGAGAGCUCCCAAGCUAACCUGUUGCCAAUCCUCAUCAUCGUCUUCAUCGACUACUUCAACUAAGCAGGUUGAAGAUUCUGCAUCUUCUCGAGCUUCUGUUGAUCCACAGAAGCAACCACCUCGUGCAGGUCUCAUGCCUCUUCAUCGAAACCCGAAUUUCCCUGAGCUGUUACCCCACAGCACGAGGUUUUGGGGCCAUCAUCAUCAAGUGAAGACGCCAUUAGAGGCUGAGGUUGAUAUCUCUGACAAGAAACCGGAUUCAUUCAAGUCCGACAGCUUUAUAGACUUGAUGGAAACAAGUGAGAGUUAUGAUGAGCCGUCUGAGAAAAAGUUAUCAAAUGAGCUCUCUUUCGAUCCGAGUUCUCCAUGGAAUCCUCUCUCGAGCGAGAAAGCUGGACCGUGGUGGCGAACUACGGAUAAAGAUGAGUUAGCUUCCUUGGUUGCACAAAAAUCUCUAGACUUUGUUGAGAACUGUGAUCUACCAACACCACAGAAGAUGAAACGCUCUUACUAUGGUAGUCCACGUCGUCUCGACUCUGAUGGAUUCAGAGAUUACUCUGUCUCUAACCAAACCAUCCACGAGCACGGGCCAAGCAAAGGAAACAGAACCGAGGAUUCGUCUGAGCCUGGUUUGAGCAAAUCGGAGCUGCUAGAAGCGCUGAGGCGUUCUCAGACGCGAGCUAGGGAAGCGGAAAACAUGGCGAAAGAAGCGUGUGCAGAGAAAGAGAACUUAAUGAAGCUCUUGUUCAAGCAAGCCUCGGAGCUUUUCGGGUAUAAGCAGUGGCUACAACUGCUUCAGCUCGAAGCACUUUACCUCCAAAUGAAGAACAAGAAGACUGAGAGCAGCAACAACAACGAGCCACCGGUUUCCAUGCCUUGGAGCAAUACGAGAGCAAGAAAACCGGGGAGAAAGAGAAGGAGCAAAAGGGCUAAACCGAAUGCAGCUAAGUAUGCGGUUAGUUUAGCGUUGGGGAUGAGUCUUGUUGGUGCCGGUUUGCUUCUGGGAUGGACUGUUGGAUGGAUGCAGAUGCUAUCUUUUUAGUCGAAACUGAAAGAGAAGAAGAAGAAGAGGAGAGAGGCUGCGAAAGGUUUUAUGGAAAAAUUUCACUCUUUUUCUCUUUGAUGAUGACCUUUAAAAUGUGAGUGCAGGUUUUGGAUUUCGUUAAUGAGAAUGUAAAUUGUUGUAAGAAUUUUGUUAAUAUUGGGUUUCUCGAGUUUGGUCCUUUCAUAAAAAUCAUAUGAAAUGAUCUUUUCAUGUAACAUCUGCAUAUUUUAUAGCUAUAUAUAAGCGGCAGAAAAGCAUACUCCUUCUGUUUUAUAAAAAAUGUUAUUAUAAAGUUUGAUUUUUUUUUUUAAUAAAAUAUGCACAUUACUUUUCAAUACAGAAUUUUAAA